AUGUCUCGUGAUGACGCCUCUUCCCCUGAUGUCUCCGGAAGUGACAGUGGACAGGAAGGGCCGGAUUCAUACCCUUUCCUAUUGAAGAACACACCAGCAGACGAGGUUGAGAUCGAGUCAAAGAGAAGAGGAAAAAUCAUUUAUCAGAAUUAUGGGAUUCUUGGAAGAAUUCUGGAGCGGCAUGAAGAGACCAUACAGAAGCGAUGGCUCAAGAAAAACAGAAAGCAACGACUGGAUGUCCUUCUCACUGCAUGGCCAGACAUGCCACCGACCCAUCGGCCUUUUUAUGACAUUUGGCGACAAGUAGACACGGAUCCCGAACUCAAGGUCAAACAACAUAGUUCCAUAUUGUGGCCUUAUAUCAAUAAGGAGUCCCUUGGCAAGCCCACGCCGUUCCUAUUACUUCUCAAUUCUAGAGGCCGUCACCCGCCUCCCUUGUUCCUCAAUAAGGAUAACCAGUACAUAAACAGAGCAAUAUUGACCUACAUGGUAGUGAGCAAGCCGUUCCUUACAGACGGCAUGAAUAUGCUCCUCCGAGGCGUUCCCGAAGACGAUUAUGGGAUGGUGAAGAAAUUCCCAGAAGCUACCCCAGGAGUUUGGCUUCAUUUGUCAAAUAAAGACUAUGCCUGGUCUACAACUACCCUCUAUGGUAAGGAGUGGCCGCCGCACAAUUUAUUCAGUGAUGUGUAUCCUGUUCAGCCCGAGCCCGAGCUUCCUUCGACUACGCAGACUGGAGGAUUACAUACCUCCCUUCUCGAGAUUACAUUUGAAGCACCUUACCGCGUGCCGACUCGGCUCAAUUUUGCCAAUCUCGAAAAGCUAUUUGCGGCUAGGGCCACGGCUGCAGAGGAUCACAUAUCGAGCUGCUAUGAAACUUUGGCGCCUCCGCCCCGAGGAUAG